AUGGCCUCCACGCUUCCACUCAAAUCGAGUUUGAAGCAGCCAUCCAAGAAGACGGCUCCCGCUUUGACAGACGAGCAAAAAGAGAAGGCCGAGACGGACCGUAAAAACCUCAAUAUCGCUCUGCAGCAUGCCUACAGAAUCCAAGCGCAAAAGGACAUCGAGGCGCGCAUCUUAGAGUCACUUACCCUGCUCAUCGACUUCCCUGCAGCCGCAUCAUUCACGCCGAAGGAAGCGGUUGCUUUCACACACUUGAUCAAGCUGUUCCAACCUUCAGAUUAUGACAGUCUGAUCGAAGAACGGACGAUAGGCGCUCGAUGUGGCUACACAUUAUGUGCAAACCAGCCCCGCUCGAAGACAAUGGGCAAAGCCGCAGAGUGGAAGCUCAAGAAAGGUAUGGCAGUCUGGUGCUCCAACGAAUGUGCUAAGAAAGGGCUUUUCAUCAAAGCUCAACUAAGCGAGGUUCCUGCUUGGGAGCGAGCGCGCGAACAGCAGCCCGAAAUCGUACUCCACCAAGAUGACAGGCCACCGGAAGAAGAUACCGCGAUCAGACGUGCGAACAGGGCUGCGCGAGUGGACGAGUGGCGAGAGAAAGUGGCCAACGAUGCAGAACUUGCCACAGAAAGGGGCGAGAAGACUGGAGGAUUCAGGCCAAAGCAAGUUAUGGCCGAUGUGGUCGUCGAGAAGAGGACCAUUUCGAGAACUCCAAAGGCACCGGAUGCUGAUGUUGAGGAGUCUCUGGCCGCUGGUACAAUUGAGGGAUUUCAGCCACGGAGGAUUGGCAGAGAAAUCUUCAAGCCGAAGGCGGAUCAAGCAGAACAUGAGGAUGAUGAGGAUGACAGCUACUAAUAAUACCCUUGAGAGCUCAAUUUGAACUGAGGACGUGGCAUAUAUCACGAUUGUGAUUCAUCGGUCACCAUUUGCGCAAACAACUCGGUUGUCUUAGGUGUGGCGCCGGUGCCAGGAAUGUUAUGCGCCCAAAGGCCAGAA